AUGUUCAUCGAGAACGCCGCACGGACAGGGUGCAAUGUGACCAUGCCAGCCAAGUGCGACAGAUGCGAGCGGGUCAUUCAAGUUCCCGUGCCCCAGCAAUGGCUUAGCAAGUUGGAUGAAUACCAAGGCCGAUUCCCUGUGCGUUCAGGUCGCUCCCAUCGAUAUUGGAGCGACUACGUAGGAGAUAUACCCCUCCGUAUCUCCUUGCAGGUUUGCCCUGGUAACGAAGACGGCAGCUGUCUUGCAAUGCGCACCCUCGAGGACACGAAGACUUGGUGGGAACUGAAGGAGCUACCGGGAACAUUUGCAGCGGACCAGACAUGGCUGCAACUUGGCCUCCCAUCCGAUGUGGGACUUUUAGCGGCUCCAGGCUGGCAAGAGAAACUCCAAUCCGCAGUGGAGGAUGCUUUCAGAGACGAUCCUCCCCACCUCAGGUUGAACAACUCCUGGGUUAUUUACUUCCACUGGCGAUGUGCUUGGCAUUUCUUUUGCCUGCGCAAAGGAGGUAUGAGGCACGAGAACGCAAAGCUUCAAAGGAUGUGGGGUAGUAUUGAGGCGGACCUAUUGCUCUGGCAAUUCGGUAUGCUCGAAGAUGCAGAUCUAGAGGCGCUGUACUGUACGAGUAUCAAAAAUCUCAUGGGAUUGAUAUCUUGUCGUUGGGACUACGGACUGACGAUCCUCGAGAUGUUCUUUGGGAUCAGGCGGGAUAUUAACAAGGAUCAGUUCAACCCCCUGAAGAUGGCUGUCCAGCACGCUGAUACGGCCAUGAGAAAAUACCUCUCGGCCUGCGUCAACAAGGCCGAAAUGGAGCGGCACGUUCGACGGCGUGUUGCUUUCGCUGCGUUCAGGCACGUUGAGCAACACUUGCGCCGGUACGCCAACCCGCAGCAACUUGGGCUGUUCAACAGCCUGCGCAAGUGGCCAUCUUUGCCCCUGGACGAGCUGCGCGAGGUAUGCGUGGUUGAAUACGACAAAGGCGUACUCCAGCAAGAAGUGCUUCAGAAAAAAUGA